AAAUUCAAGGGUAUAUCUCGGUAUAUUUCCGAGGGUCUAUCGGUAUAAUUCCGCGGUCACACUGACACAUAAACCUACAAAUUCAGAUAGUUCUGGAAUUUAUAGUUUUAAUUAAUAAUAAAAGAAAGUAAAACAUAAGUGAAGCAGUCAAUAUGUCAGACUGGGAUUCUGUUACAGUUCUGCGGAAGAAGGCUCCCAAGUCGUCUACCCUAAAAACUGAGUCGGCGGUCAAUCAGGCUCGCCGCCAAGGUGUUGCCGUGGACACCCAACAAAAAUAUGGUGCUGGCACCAACAAGCAGCAUGUGACCACCAAGAACACUGCCAAGCUGGACCGCGAGACUGAGGAGUUGCGCCACGACAAGAUACCGCUUGACGUGGGCAAGAUCAUCCAACAGGGACGUCAGAACAAGGGUCUCAGCCAGAAGGACUUGGCCACUAAAAUUUGUGAGAAGCAGCAGGUUAUAACUGACUACGAGGCCGGACGCGGCAUUCCUAACAACUUGAUACUCGGAAAAAUGGAGCGGGUGCUUGGCAUCAAGCUGCGCGGCAAGGAGCGUGGCCAACCAAUAGCGCCUCCCGGUAAAAAGUGAGACGACGCUGCAGCGUCCUCUGCUUGUGGCGCUCCACCAUCGAACACCUCAACACGCAACAAUUCCAACGCCAGACAGCAGCAGUCGCAGCAACAACAACACCAACAGCAGCAGCUGCAGCACCAGCAACACCAGGAGCCUGGCUGGAGCACCGUGAGCAGAAGACGCAAAUGAAGCCUUAUCGGGAGGCUCUUCACCAAAUCAAAUUCGGGUUAACCAAACCACGCAGCCCAAGACA